AUGAGCGUUGACCGCUGCCUCCUGUCCUCUUCGUGUUCUGCUCGUUGCCUUGCGCGAGAGAACGAAAUCAGCUUUUCCAUCAAUAAUACGCUAACCGGAAAACAUUACACCACCAGAGCGUUUCCCAGCGAAACAGUGCUGGACGUCAACAAGAAGGUUCAAGACACACAGGGCAUCCCUUGCGAACAACAGCGCAUCAUCGACGUAGGCCAACAGACGAGCGAUGACCGGACCCUGCGUGACUGCAACAUUCGGAACGGGUCCGUGGCUCAUUUGGUUUUGAGUCUCAGGAAGCCCGUGAUCCUCCUGUACCUGACAGCCCCCGUCGAUAUCACGCCAGCCGCAGACUAUGAGGCUACCGUGGCUGGUGGCCAGCAGUUCAAAUGGAACGUCCACGCCAGUCCCGACGGGUCUCUCAAAGACCUGACCAUCGGCAGGGAGUACCCGUAUCUGUUCUGGGAAGCAGACUCUUCCGACGGCCGGGUUUCGCGGAGCUUUGGACUGGACGGCUCGAGCUUAAUGUGCGUCGCAGGCGACGCCGCAGGUGUGGUGUUAUGGGUGCUGGUGCUGCGUCAAGGCAGGGCGACGCGUGAAUUCAGCUUGGCGGUAGCUUUGAAGAAGGCCGCCGGGUCGACCAAGGAGUAGCUUGGUGACGGUGGAUCGCUUCCGACACGGCCAUUCUGUCCAUCCGGAGAGGUUCGAGGCGUAGAGGGUGCGAUCACAUGCCUGCACUGUCUUUUGUCGUCAGGAUUGGCUUCGGUCGUCCCGAAGUCAAUACCCCGUAGCUCUGCUGCGGAUGCUGGCUACACACCAAUUUCGACGCCUAUCCCAUACCGGUCGCCUCGGUAGUCUAGUUGGUAUCCUCGAAAACCUCCUAUCUUUUAAUAGUGGCCAGGUUCAGGGGAUCGAAAACCGGCGUAAGCGAGCUCUUCCUGCAAAGUGGGUUUUUCCCUCGCUUCCGUUCCUGGCCUGGGUGGAAAGCUCUGGUUCGUAUGUACACAGAGGGAAGAGCGUGCUGCACGCUUCUCGCCUAUUGAAGGCAAAGCACCGCAGGAGAGGCGAGUAGGGGACUCAGGGAGGGGAACUGUUCUGUGUGACCACGGAUUCGAGGAAACGGCACAAAUGCUAUUAAAGCUGAUUUGAAGUGAAGACAAAAAACAAAAUCUCACGCGAAGCAGGUUGCGCAGCUGUUGCGUGAGGUGACAAUAGUUCGAAUGCCGACCCUGAAGUGUAACCCUGGUACAACCUAUUGACAAACAUGAACUUAAUAUCAAUAUCCCAGACUUGGCCAUGCCUCGCACAUAACACCUUUUCGAAGUUGAUGGCCCGUACCCAAAAGUGAUCUGCCCAUACCGCUCGAUAUUUCAGUAGAUCACAUGAGAAGCUUUCUAUCGUUGCAUCAGCUCGUUUCUCAGUACUGCACAUCAGCCAUUUCUGAACCUCGUUGGAUCACGGCGAGGUGUUUUGUGUUUGCAGAGGCGUCCAUUAGUACGACGCGGAGCUGGAUACUGCCAAGAUUGAAGAGCUACGAUCGCCUGCCCGGGAGGGAUUCGUGGCAGUAGAGUGGGGGGGCAUGGACCCAAACGGAGUUUCGCACGACUAACCGAUCCAACGAGAUGACGUUCUCUGGACUGCCUUCGACUGACGAUAGGGUACUAGCCAGAGCGUCCGGCGUCACGAAGGGAAACGAUGGUACAUAAUAGUCUUUGCUACCGAGUAGGGUCGCUCGUCCACAGGUUGGCGAUGUCGUUGGGUCAACGAUCCCAUGCUCGUGGUACUUCUGCGUGAACGAAACUGUGGCUGGAUUGGUUGUGACACACUCUAGCGGUGCAGAUAUCCGUCCCAGUUUGCCGGGUUCCGCUAUCCGCGAGGGAGAUACAUUGAUGAGACUAUGAGGCGGAUCGGGGAAUACGGGUACCGACGGGAACGAACUACUGUAGCCUGUGUCGUGCACAUAAAGGAUGAAGUCAGCUAGGUGUCAUUUCGCUCGCCGUUUCGUGAAACUAUACAUAAAUAUAAGUUAGUUUUGUCUAGGUUUGGGAAGGGCAAAUAGGAGGCCAGGAUGAACUCUUCACUCUGCUGUUGUUUUUCUUCGAUGCAUGCUGCGCCUGCAAGUCUGG